ACUACCCCGACGCAGAUAAAAGCAUCGGUUUCCUGUUUUUUGGAUAGCACAAUCUUGGUACAACAACCACCCCACCACGAGGCAAGACACUGUCUCUCGGGCUCCUCUUCCGAGAAAUCUCUCCUUCAUGUUCCUACCCCAAUUUGGUAACGGUCUGGUUUAAGCAUAAGUCUAACCGUGGAGCACAGGGGUCGGUUGCAAGCACGUUUGGGCUCCAGCAUGACGACACAGUCGAUCAUCGGUCUACCUUAACUCAAGGAUAGAGUCGAUUAGCAGACUAGAGCAUGUGCAAGGACAAUAAGAAGGACGGCUUCACCUCCCUCAGCUGCGGCGUGGUCGUAUGCUCAUAUGUGCAUGAUGCCACUACGUCCGAACCCGGCUCUUCAACCAGUAUACCCGCAGCCAUGAUGCCUAGUAGUUUAUCGGAGAUUCCCCAGCACCCAGAGCAGAUUGACUUGCUCCAACAUACCCUCCUCUAUGUGGUGAUCAUCUUCUACCACUCGCAAUAUCACGCUCCCAGCUAUCACGUGAAGUUCUCCAAGCAUAAACUCUGUCUCUCCCUUCACAUCGGCACAGGGCUCUUUGAGGUCUUCGAGUACCGCCUCCGUCGCGUCCAGCUAGGCCAUGAUAGGAUCCUCCCCAGCUCACUGGACGUGGUUUCCUGCCUAGUCUGGUCAGCCACCAGUCUUCAGCUGGUGAAGACACUCCGGCGCGGCGAUCCCCAGACUACACGACCUCCCUACCAAGCAGGAGCCAUCCUGCGCCCCGUCGUAUGUAUGCUCGCCUACCUGCUCCAGAGCCCCGACCUCCAUCGGCUCUCGGUUUAUGCGUUGGACAGCUUCGUCUAUGCACGCGUCUUCAUCUUCUUCUUCCAUUAUACCCCGUAUCUGCGGGAUACGCCUGGCAACACCAUAUAUGCGCUAGCCAUCCCCUUGGCGGCGGCAUUCAGCAUUCAUGAGAGCCGCGUGCCCGGGGCGGCGGUGGGGUUCGUGCUGGGCAUGGCGUACAUCGCGAAGCUGAACGAAUGGGUGUCCCAGCGGUCUCGCCAAUUGAGGGAGUAAGUAGUCAAGAACCAAGAUGGUGUAGUCCGAGGUUGCUUUCGUUCUGACAUUGCUCUCUAAUCCUGAUGAGCAGGCAAAGACGUCCACAGUGGAGAAACACCUGGUGACGGGGUUGCGGAGGCUGGGGUUCGCGGAGCUACAGGAGCUGCGAAAGGUCACCAACCACCAGGCCUUGAAGAAGCCGCUGACGGAUGACUAUGUCUCCAGUGGCGAAGCGUCUUGUUGAACAUGUGUAUCUCUUGGCAGUCAUAUCCCGGAGAUAAAUGUAUAAGUGUAAAUCCGCCCGCAUUCUAUAGACUAUAUAUUUUCGCAGUGCAGUGCGGGAUGGGAGUGAGGUUGUUCGAUGAAUGUCUCAUAAAUAGUUGACCAUCAUUUAGAUUAGAACUAAAUCGAUAUAUCUUCAGUGCAUAGCUUGAUGUUUAGAC